GAGAUGCUAUCAGACACCUAUCCGGAAGUCCUCUGUUGCCUCCUCUACUCUCCUUUCCCCCACGAUGGCGUCUAUUGCCGAUGACCGGCAACUGCAUCGAGCCGCCGAGAGAGAAGCUGCGAAGGUGGCACCCAUGUUCGACAUGGUCAGUGACGCCGGAGGUGGUGGUGACGAUGGCAAGAGCGAGGAGGAUGGCUCGUACUGCCUGAUUAAAGGCGCGAGCCACCUCAGCGACCGUGGAUUUACCAGGCUGCCGAACAGGUAUGUCCUGCCGGUCUCUGAGCGCCCCGGCGAUGUGUCCAGCCGGUUGAAGCUCCCCGUCGUCGACCUCGCGCGCCUGCGCGACCCCUGCCAGCGCGCCGCCGCGAUCGGGACGCUCGACGCCGCGUGCCGCGACUACGGAUUCUUUCAGGUGGUGAACCAUGGGGUGGAGCGCGAGGUGAUCGCCGGGCUGCUGGACGUGGCGCGGCGGUUCUUCGAGCUCCCGCUGCCGCGGCGGGCGCGGUACCUGUCGGCGGACGUGCGGGCGCCGGUGAGGUACGGCACCAGCUUCAACCAGGCCAAGGACGCCGUGCUCUUCUGGCGGGACUUCCUCAAGCUCGCCUCCUGCCAGCCGCUCCACGCCGCCGUCGCGUCGUGGCCCGACGAGCCGGCUGACCUCAGGGAAGUGACAGCCAGGUACGCCAUGGUGAACCAUCAGUUGUUCAUGGAGAUCAUGGAGGCGGCACUGGAGGCUUUGGGCAUCGCCUGCUGCCGCAGCCUGCUGCGGGAACUUAAGGCGGGGUACUCUCAGAUUAUGCUUAAUUGCUAUCCGGCAUGCCCACAGCCGGAGCUCACGCUGGGGCUGCCGCCGCACUCGGACUACUGCCUCUUCACGCUCCUGCUGCAGGACCACGUCGAGGGCCUCCAGGUCAUGCACCAAGGCCGCUGGCUCACCGUCGAUCCAGUCCCAGGAUCUUUCGUCGUCAACGUCGGCGAUCACCUUGAGAUCUACAGCAAUGGGCGGUACAAGAGCAAGCUCCACCGGGUGCAGGUGAACUUGACCCGCCCACGCAUCUCAGCGGCUUCCUUCCACAGCGUGCCCGUGGAGCGAGUUAUUGGACCGGCAGCGGAACUGGUCGAUGAGGGAAACCCUCGGCGGUACAUGGACACCGACUAUGCCACGUUCCUUUCCUUUCUUGCAUCGGGCGAGGGCAAGAACAAAAGCUUCCUCCAAUCUAGGAAGAUAGCAUGCUGA